GUUUCUUAGCUUCAUUAGUUACGAGCCUCAAGAGACGAGGUUUAAAAAAUGCGUUCUUUCAAACAUCGACACAUUUGUAGCUUGGUCGAUGGUAUUUUAGUGUUUGCUGUGUUUUCCGAAAGGUACUUUUAGUGAUUUCUGGUUUGAUAAGAGCCCGCGGAUAUGUAACCUAAGUCCGGUUUCUAACGAGAAAAUGCAAACAAACUAUUUACCGUGAGAAGGAUUUAAUCUGUACCUAUAAAAAUUGUUUAUUUUUUAAGUUUUGAUAAGUUGUUUGUGUAAUCUCUCUUAACCAAUUUUGGACGAAAUGGAUCAAAGCACGGAUGAGGAAUUAAAAAUUGUUGUUAGGAAAAAUGUUUAUUAUGUUUCUAAAAAGUUCAUCUGUUCAGCUGUGCCAUAUUUUGAAAAAAUAUUUUGUGAUGAUUCGUUGAAACCAAAGGAAAACAAAGUGGAACUAGAUUUUGAUGAACAUAACUUCGAUUCUAUCCUCAAUUGGAUUCAUUGUGGGUCUUUUUUAAUUCAACUGGAGGACGUUAUCGAUAUCUUCGAAGUAGCUGAUCAUUUGAUGAUAAGUGACCGUUUGUUUCAACCAUGUCUUAAUUAUUUCCAGAACAAUUUUAAGAUUGAACAUAUUCCAGUUAUUUUGAGCAAAGUUACAAAAAAUACCAAGUUGAUCAAUUCCGAAGUUAUUGGCAACUUUAUUUGUCGCCAUUUCUUGCUGAUCGCCAAUACAAAUAUCUUCUUGCAAUAUCCAGUCGAGACGGUUGAACAUAUUCUCAAAUUAGAUUUAAUGAUUUACUCUGAAUACCAAGUUUUUGAAGCAAUCAUAAGAUGGGUGAAUAAAAGGACUGGUUCUAGAAAACGAUUACUUCCAAAGCUAUUAAAUUGUGUACGCUGGUCUUUCAUGGAUCCUGUUGAUGUAACCAAAAUAAAGAGUAAUAAGUUAAUCAAAGGCUUGCCAAAUCUUGAUUCAAUUACCUCUCCUGAUUGUGAAUAUGGAUUCAAUCGUAGUAAACAAAACUUCUUCAUUUCUAUUGACCGAAUUGAUGAUUCAAAUUUAACAAUAAAUGUGUUUGAUACUGAAUUAUUUCGUUUGCCGAUCGGUGAUUUUACUCGAGAUGACUCAAUAUCACUUGGAUUUAUUCCUGGAGAACACAUUUCAGAUAUUGUAUUUGAUUCUGGACGAAAAGGUAUCCGAAUCGAUUGGAGUAAAAAGACAUUUCGAUGGCUUGAAAUGGAAGAAGAUGAUGAUAACCGCUAUGGUCAAUUGACCGAUAUCAUCCUUAAGUUUCUGACGCAAUCAGGCUCCUUGGCCUGCUAUUUGGAAGAAAAAGAUACGAAACCGAAUUUAUAUGGUACCCAAGAUACGUAUCUUGAAUCUGUUGACAAAUAUAUUGCGAUUGGUAAAACUACAGACGAGAAAAAGUGGUUUGGCCUUUUCCCAGUUGGCCCUCCACAUUGGUGCUGUACUUAUGAAGAACCUGAUCAAUCUUUCCAUGCCACUAUUUUGGAUAAAGUUGUUUAUAUAUUGACGGAGGAACUCGAAUUUAUUCAAUUCAACCACGAAACUCGAAGCUUCAAUAAGAGUUAUCCUUUCAAAGGGCAAAAAUGGAGUCUCAAUGAUUUAAUCUUAACUUCUCAACAAUCAAAGGACGACAAAGUUAUUUUGGUCAAUAAAUCAUCAGGAAAAAUUCAUGUUUACCUCAUCAAUGAGAACAAAUGGAUUGAAAAGUAUCGAAGCAUGAAUGUAAAUUUUUAUUAUGACAGUUCCAAUGCUCGUGCCAAUCAGCUAAUUGCCUUCGCCUCAACAUUUUUACAGACAAAAUAUAUCAAACCAUUGUAUAAAAGAAAGUUUUGUGACCUUUGAAAUACAUGUGCCUUAUUCACCAAACUUUAAGUAUUGAUGCAGAGAUUGCAAUGAAUUUUUCAUUUUUCGAGCUACAUGAUUACAUGAAUUAUACUAAUAUUUCCAACAGAUUCAAGAGUUAAAUUAAAAGACUUAAAUUUUUCCA